AUGCAAACAUUUCCAGAGAAGGUCUAUGAUGUGACAAAUUGUGGUGAAGCAUACGGAACUUCUUAUCUCGGCAUCUGCACCAGGCGAACAUUGGAGCUACAGAGUGAGGAGAUUGUCCUGAAGACUCGAAACUGUUGCGUUUCCUCUGUUCAACGUCGGCCAUAUGCACAGUUGAAUGCCCUGGAACACCGCAGUGUUUGCUUUGGGUUGUGCAAUGCAAUAAAUUCAGACCUUGCUCCGAUGGACGAUGAGGGAAACGGCGGCAUCGUUCCAGGAUGCGGCUGUGAUGCAGCAUAUGUUCAGGAGAUUGUGCGGGAGAUGAAUCUCAGGAAGGAGGGUCGUGGGAAAGUGGCGCAAAUGAGGCAGCAGAAAUACAUGUUGGAGAGGAUUACUCAGUUGGCUAUCAAGGUGCCGAUGCUUCUGAAAUCUUUGGGAGUCGAGUAUCCACCAAGCGACGCCACGCUGCAGCGCUUGUUCUCCGGCUCUGCUCCUGAGAUGCGGCCACUCUCUGAAGUGAUCUCGCUCGAGCCGCUACCCGAGUUUGGAACCAACCAGUACGAUGUGACACAUUGCUGCCAAAGCCUGGCAUGCACGUCGAGGCUCCUGGAGCUUCAGCCAGACGAGGCGAGUAUUACCACUCGACAGAGUCUCUCUGGAAGCGUCAUGACGUCCAAAGUGCCGUAUGCAAAUAUCGAGUCGGUGGAUGCAGUAUCUGCUUGCUGUUGCUUGCGGGUGCUCACGGCCGGAGAGCUCACCAAACCUCCAGGAAAGCCCAUCGACGAGGCAAUAUCGCCAGGUUGUGGCUGCAAUGGCGCGCUGGUGGAGCAAAUACGAGCCGAUCUUCAAGCACGAGUCGAAGUGCGGGGCAAUCUUGGCCAAAUAAAACAGCUGGAGAAAAUGAUGGCAAAGUUUCACGAUGUGGCUGCAGAGUUGGCACUGAUUCUGGACAAGAUAGGGGCAGACACCUCCUUCCCUCCAACGCAGGAGACAAUGAGAAACAUCUACGGAUCUUCGGGGCCCGACUUGUCUCACGCUUCAGUGGUUCCUCACACCAAGCCAAGUGAGGACUUUCAAACAAAAGAGUACAAUGUUCGAAACGAGACGGCAAACAUUUGUUGCCUUCUUUGCACGUGUGGCAUUGCAGGCUGUGAAACCUACACAUUAACGCUGGAGCCUGAGCAGGCAGUGUUUCGAUACAGCAACAGAUGUGACGCCUCCGUGGAAAGGAAGCCCUAUGCACAACUCGGGUCUGUGGACGAGAAUGUUUGCUGCUGCUGCAUACACACUGUGAACGGACUUGCUCCAGGAUGUUGUGGUGAUCCCACAGCUGUAAAGGAAAUUGCUGAGGAACUGCAAAAUCGCAAAGUGGGGCGCGGCAACAUCGCGCAGCUUCGGAACCAGGAAAACACCAUGAUCAAAGCCAUGGAAGCCGACGUGCGCACGGACAUUUUCUUGCACAAGAAAGGCAUCGAGUACCCCCCGUCACAGCAGACGCUCCAGGCUGUUUAUGGCCUUGCCGUGCCAACACUACCUCCGGGUGGCACGCACGGUGAGACAUUGCAUGCAGGGGCUUCUGAGCAAAUGGACACGAAGAACUUUUCCAUUGUGAAUGCCUGUGAUCAGUGCUGCUUCUGUACGUCGCACACCCUUGAGCUCAACGAUGAGGAGGCAAUCUUCAGAUUGAAAAAUUGCUGCGUGCAGGCAACAUCAAGAGAACCAUAUGCUCAACUCGGAUCUGUCGAACCCAUCUCAGGAUGCAUGGGGCUUUGUAGCAGCGUCCACACUGAUCAAAAUCAGAUUUGUCCAGGGCUGGGUUGCAGCCACGCGCUUGUGAAUGAGAUUGCGACAGAGCUUCAGCAUCGCAAAGUCAAGCGUGGGAACAUCGCCCAGAUCCGGAUGCAGGAGAAUCUCAUUUUGGAGAUCAUCAAGCUUGGUAUUAAGUACGACUUGAUCUUGCACAAGGAGGGCAUCCAGUACCCGCCAGCUCAAGAAAAAAUGACUGCACUAUUCGGCCAAGGCUUGGGCUUGGGCAGCACGUGUGAUGUUCGACGGGACAUCACGUUCCACCUCAGUUUAAUUUCCAAUCCCUCAAUGGUGGUCUCUGAGAAGAAUGGCAUGCCCCCAUUUAAUUAA